AUGGCUGGAAAAUCGUCCAAGAAGAUUGCUGCAAAGAACGCAGCCAUCUUAAAGCAGUUGCACGUACUAGUCGUCGCUAUACUAUCUUUAACGUUAUUGAGGAAAUGGUUCAGUAAUGGGCUGAUUUCAACCCUAAAACCUAUUCUUUUCAAUGUGCCGAUGUUGUUAUGUUUAUAUAUUCUCGAACGUACCGGUAGACCAAAAUAUGAAGUCAGUAACGCUGCGCAUGGAAAAUAUAAACUAGUUAAUGAAGGGUUCGAUUUGGAAUCUGGUGGACUCACUGAAUACAUGAAAGAUAUCGUGUAUGUUUCCUUGUUCUGUAACCUGGGAACAGUUUUCUUCAACACGAUGAAAUGGUGGUUCUUGGUAUUAGUGUGCCCUGCGUUUAUUUUCUACAAGUUGUACUACUUGAAGCAACAGUAUUUCCCCGGUGCCUCAGCUUCAAAGGCGGAUCUCGCAGAGACAACGCCCGCUGAACCUUCCAAAUCAAAGAGACAAUUGAAGAGGGAAAAACGUGGUGAUAAAUCUCAGGUAAGAUACCGAUAG